AUGGAGAUCUGCAGUGAAAUAGAUGACCCCUUAACAAGGGUGGUACAAAGAAAACUUGAUGGAGCUUCAAAGGGAAAUCCAAGAGUUUCGGAGGUUGGUAUUGUAAUAAGAGAUUGGUUGGGGAAUCUAGUGAUGGGUGCCCAAAAAUUAUCAGUGGGUACGAACAAUGAGGCUGAGGCUAAAGCGGCUAUCCUGGCUAUUCGUUGGGGUUUAAAAUUGGGAAUUCAAAAUUUUCACCUAGAAGGUGACUCUCGAAUAAUUAUCAAUGCAAUUAUUAAAGGGGAGGCCCAAGCUUGGCAUCUCAACAAAUUCAUUUUCACUAUUGCAAAUGAUUUAAAGUUGUUUAAUAAUUAUUGCAUUUCACAUGUGCGAAAGGAGGGGAAUUAUUUGGUGCAUGCAGUUUCAACAUGUACUUCAAAGUGGGUGACAUCAUUUGCAGAAGAGGAUGAAAUUCAUGUGGAGGAUUUAAGAGAUCUCACGAUGCAUGAGGUGGACGGGGGUGUACAACAUUGCAAUUGA